AUGGAGAGGAUGAUCGUCAGCAUGCAGGACCCCGACAUGGGCAUCAAGAUGAGGAACCAGCGCUUGCUCAUCACCGUCAUCCCCCACGCCAUGACAGGGAACGACAUCGUGGAGUGGCUCAUCCAGAAGUACGGCAUCUCCGAGGAGGAGGCGCUGCACCUCGGCAACCUCAUCGUGAAGCACGGCUACAUCUACCCGCUCAGAGACCCCCGCAGCCUGGUGCUGCGGGCGGACGAGUCUCCCUAUCGCUUCCAGACCCCCUAUUUCUGGACCAGCACCAAGUGGCCGGCCACGGAGCUGGACUACGCCAUUUACCUGGCCAAGAAGAACAUCCGCAAGCAGGGCGACCUGAUCGAGCACGAGAAGCCGGGAGCCCCCAAUGUGCUGGAGCAGGGCCCCGAGCGCAGGAACUGCCACACCACCCGUGUCCAGCUGACCAAGAACAUGGAUUACUACAAGCGGGAGAUUGAGUACUGCAGGAAGGCCAUGGCCAGGACCAGGGUGAAGUCCUCCAUCUGCCUCGAGGGGUACAUCAAGUUCAACGAGCAGUACGUGCCCCACGACCCCAUCAUGUCCGGCUGCCUGCCCAGCAACCCCUGGAUCACGGACGACACCACGUACUGGGCCAUGAACGCCCCCACGGUGACGACCCCCACGAAACUGCGUGUGGAGCGCUGGGGCUUUAACUUCAGCGAGCUCAUCAUGGAUCCCCUGGGCCGGGCACAGCUCCUCGAAUUCCUCAAGAAGGAGUUCAGUGCCGAGAACCUGAGCUUCUGGGAGGCGUGUGAGGAGCUGCGCUACGGGGAGCAGUCCCGCAUCGCGGAGAUCGUGGACUCCAUCUACCAACAAUUCCUGGCUCCCGGGGCCACGCGCUGGGUGAACAUCGACAGCAAGACGAUGGAGCGGACGCUGGAGGGCAUCAAGACGCCCCAUCGAUACGUGAUGGACGACGCCCAGAUGCACAUUUACAUGCUGAUGAAGAAGGACUCCUACCCGCGGUUCCUCAAGUCGGACCUCUACAAAAACCUCUUGGCCGAAGCCAUCAUCCCCCCGGAGACCAAGAAGCGGGUCUUCCCCUUCAUGCGCAAACAGCGGCACUCCAGCCCCAGCCCGGCCCUGCUCCUGCCCGCGGGCGAUGCCGAGGAGAGGGGCAGGAGCCCCUCGACUGCCCCCGUCCCCGAGGAACGGGGAGAGCUGGAGGGGGCUUGCAGCCCCCCCCGCGGGGACAUGAGAGCACCCCCUGACCCAGCACACCCCAGCCCCGCCGCAGGGACCCUUGCCGGCACACCCAGCAAGUGCAGACCCCAGGUCAGGAGGACCAUCUUGGGAACAGGGUUGGAGAUGCCAGGGGCCAGCAAACCCGGGCUGCCAGGGCCCUGUGGGCUGGCAGGGAGCAAAGGGCUGGCCAGCUGA